AUGGCCGACUCUGCACCCCAAACCGAGUGGCUCGUCGUCGUCCCUGACUUUCCCAACACGAUCCAGAAGCGUCUCGACAUCCGUCCCACCCAUUUCGCCAACCUCGAGGCGUCCAAGAGCAGGCUCAAGUUUGGUGGUGCCAUCCUGAAGGACAAGCCUUCUGACCCCGCCGACCCCAAGACUUUUGACUUUGCCGGCAGCUCUUUCAUUGUGCUAGCCGACUCCAAGCAGGAGGUCAUUGAGUUCCUGAAGAAGGACGUUUACGUCGAGGCCGGUGUCUGGGACGUUGCGAAUGCCCAGAUCUAUGCGAUGAAGACUGCCUUCCGUGUACCAUAG